CCAGAAAUUUCACGUCGGCCGCGUUUUCUAAGAGCGAAUACAAUUUUUUUGCCUUACACUUGUGCAUCGCUUAAAUAAAUUACAAUAACCACCCUAAAGCAAGCGAUUGCGCGCAAAAAUAUUUCGAGUUAUAAGCAUAAGCAUAAUAAGCAAGUGAACGUUAACAAUGUCGUCUAAAACUCGACGCGCUGGCACCGCGACGCCGCAGCCCGGCAGCACCUCGACCCCUCGGCCGCCGUCAUCUGGGCCACAGCAACAGACAUCGGCGUCGUCGUCGCAGUCGCAAUCGCAGCAGCAGCAGCAGGCGACCAGCCCCACACGCCAUUCGCGCCUGGUGGAAAAGGUCGAGCUGCAGAAUUUGAACGAUCGUCUGGCCUGCUAUAUUGAUCGCGUUCGCAACUUGGAGACGGAGAACGCACGUCUUACGAUUGAGGUGCAGACCACACGUGACACCGUGACCAAAGAGACGACCAACAUUAAGAGUAUCUAUGAGACGGAACUGCUAGAGGCACGUCGUAUGCUCGAUGAGCUGGCACGAGAACGUGCGCGUUUAGAGAUUGAUACCAAGAGGCUGUGGGAGGAGAACGAAGAGUUGACUGCCCGUCUAGACAGGAAGACGAAGGAAUGCAGCGCUGCUGAGGCUAAUGCCCGAAUGAACGAGUCGCGUGCCAGUGAGCUGAGUAAUAAAUAUAACCAGGCCAAUGCCGAUCGUAAGAAAGCCAUUGAUGACCUGAAUGAAGCUCUCAAGGAACUGGAUCGUCAACGCAAGCAGCUUGAGGACUCGCGCAAGAAUCUGGAACAGGAGACUCUAGCGCGUGUGGAUCUGGAGAACAAUAUUCAAAGUUUGCGUGAAGAGCUGUCGCUUAAAGAUCAGGUGCACGUUCAGGAGAUUAACGAGUCUCGACGCAUACGCCAAACUGAAUACAGUGAAAUCGAUGGCCGUCUCUCGUCCGAGUAUGAGGCGAAGUUGCAGCAAUCGCUGCAAGAGCUGCGCAACCAGUAUGAGGAUCAAAUGCGCUGCAAUCGCGAUGAUAUCGAGGCCUUGUAUGAAGCUAAGAUACGUUCAUUACAAGAAGCGGCGGCUCGCACGCACAGCUCAACGCACAAGUCAAUUGAGGAGCUGCGCAAUUCACGCAUUCGUAUCGAUGGACUCAAUGCCAAGCUCAACGAUAUGGAGGCGGCUAAUGCCAUGUUGAACACGCGCAUACGGGAGCUGGAACAGCAGCUGGACCAUGAGCGCGAACGCCAUGCAAAUGACAUUGCAAUGUACGAUAAGGAACUGAAUCGCUUACGCGAGGAGAUGGCACAACAAUUGCAGGAGUAUCAGGAUUUAAUGGACAUCAAGGUUUCUUUGGACUUGGAAAUCGCCGCCUACGACAAGUUGCUCGUGGGUGAGGAGGCGCGUUUGAAUAUAACGCCCGCGAAUUCGGCUACGGUGCAAUCGUUCAGUCAAUCGUUGCGUAGUUCUCGUGCCACGCCCUCUCGGCGCACACCGUCGGGCGGUUUGAAGCGCAAACGUGCCGCUGUUGAGGAGUCUGAGGAUCAUAGCGUAUCCGAUUUUUAUGUGUCGGCUAGUGCUAAGGGCAAUGUGGAAAUCAAAGAGAUCGACGCCGAUGGCAAAUACGUUAAGCUGUACAACAAGGGCACCGAAGAGGUCUCCAUUGGCGGCUGGCAGCUGCAGCGGUCGCUUAACGAUAAUGGACCAGUGACAACCUAUAAGUUCCAUCGUUCCGUGAAAAUCGAACCAAAUGGCACAGUGACCGUUUGGUCGUCGGAUUCGCGGGCCACACACGAGCCGCCAUCGAACAUAGUGAUGAAGCAACAAAAGUGGAUGACUGGCGAUAAUACGAAGAUGGCGCUGUUGAAUAGCGAAGGCGAAACGGUUGCCAAUAUGGAACGCAACAAGCGUAUUGUCUCCACACAUGUGUCAUCCUCGCGCCUCAGUCGCCGUCGCAGCAUCAGCGCCGUUGAUGGCAACGAGCAGCUGUACCAUCAGCAGGGCGAUCCCCUGCAGACGAACGAGAAGUGCGCGAUUAUGUAAUAGACAGCCAAGCAUAAAGAUAAUAAUAUAUUCACACAUAUGCAGACACAGACAGACAAGCACACACAAACAAACAAACCAACAAACAAACAGAAACAGACAAAAACAAAAAACAGACGGAAUUAUAUAUUAUCAGCUAAGUUAUUAAUUUUUCUGUGGCUACCCCAAGUAAAGAGAGGGAAGAAAAAGGCGAACGAAACCAGAGCCAAGCAGCACCACUAAUAAUUUAUUCAAUUGUAAAACUUGCUAGCAACAGCAGUUCCAUUUCAAUUUAAAUGUCUACGAUUCUUCCACAUGUUCAAUAUAUUAUUUAGUUUCUGUGCUUUUCCACCACCAUAUUCAUUCUUUCCCUCAACGAUUACUAAUCCCCUUUGUGUUUAUCUGAAUGACAAAUAUUUAAUUUACGUUACAUGUUUCGGAAAGAAAAAAAAAACAAAUUCCAACCAACCCCACCCCACCUUCGUACAAUCUUAAUUUUAAACAAUAAGCAUAAUUUUUGUAAACUUUAUUUGGUAUAUUUUAAAUUCGGUUUUCUGUAUGCCACAUAGAAUUUACAAAGAAAAAAAUCAAGAAAUUUUCAAUUCUUAUCAUUUUUGUAUUUGUGCAUUCAAGUGCUUUGCGAAUGCUGAGUUGACAGCAUUUCCGAUGCAUUUGUAUGAGCCACGGCUCCAGCAUAUAAAUAUAAAUAAAUAUACAUACAUAUAAAUAUAUAUAUAGUUUUAUAAGCAGAAUUAAAAACAAACAAAAACGACAAGCUCAUGUUAAAAGUAAUUCAACGAAAUAUCAAUAAAAAUCGGUAAAACUACAAACUGUAA